AUGGGGCUGGAUGGCCACGGUUUAAUGGAUACCUUUUCAGUGGCAACGGGCCCUUGUGCCUACCUACUACUGCCCCGUGCUUGCUCCGUGGCAGCAAAUCGGGAGGAGAGAAGUUGUUUUCUCCACGGUCAUCGCUCCUGCGAGCAGCCAGCCCAGCCCAGCCCAGCCCCACAGCACCCGGCUGGGAGGGGAGCCGGGGACCCCACUGCAGCCCCCCCGGACCUGGGGCGGGGAGGGGGAGAACCCCAGGAGCAGAGUUGUGAGAAGGGGAAGUUCCAGCAGCCAGUGGAGAUUUCUCCUGAACUGGAAGUGAGACUCAGUGAUUUCUCCCCGAAAACUGAUGCUCUAAUGGAGACUCUGAGGAAAUUCAAAGACAUUCUGCUGCCUAAACUGGAGACAAAAAGAAGGGAACCCCUAGGAGCACACAGACAAGUGAGUGUGACCCUGGAUCCAGACACGGCUCAUCCCGAACUCGUCCUUUCCACGGAUGGGAAAAGCGUGAGAUGGGGACGCACCCGGCAGGCCCUGCCCGACAGCCCGGAGAGAUUCGACUCUGAGCUCUGCGUGCUGGGCUGCGAGGGCUUCACCUCGGGGCGACAUUGCUGGGAGGUGGAGGUGAGGGUGCAGGAGGGGGGACACUGGGCGGUGGGGGUGGCCAGAGAGUCUGUGAGGAGGAAGGGAUGGAUCAACCUUGACCCCGAGGAGGGGAUCUGGGCGGUGGAGCUGGGCUGGUGGGGUCAGUUCCGGGCUCUCACCUCCCCGGCCACCCGCCUGCCCCUGGGCUGGGUCCCCAGCAGGAUCCGGGUUUGUCUGGACUGUGAAUGGGGCCAGGUGACAUUUUUUGAUGCUGUUAGCGAGGCCCUGAUCUUCACUUUCCCGCCGGGCUCCGUCCUGGGGGAGAGAAUCCGUCCCUGGCUCUGGGUAUGGAGAGCCUGGCUCAGGCUGUGUCCCGUGGGGGACCCAAAAACCAGCCAGCCUAGCCUCCGGUUUCCUAGCCUCUAUGCCUGUGGAGGACUGCUGUCUCCCUGUGGUCUCUGCGACCCUGCAGGCUCCCUGGAGUCGCUGGACUUUGAAACCACAGAAAGCAGGGAGUGAUGCAGGUAGAGCAGCCACUCGCAUUGCCCCAAGGUUUUCUGUAGCCCCUUUUAUCACUAUUCUCUGUGGUCCAGGAUGACUCUGACCAUGGGCUUCUCUAGCUAGCUAUCAUCCCAGUCUCUGGGACCCUGGAGGGCUCCCAUCUACCCAGCCCCCGGCACUUCAUCCCUAUGACCCCUGAAAGCUCCUGCCCCCUCCCUCCCUGCAGCACCAGGGAUUGGAGGAGCGGGGAGAACCCCUGGAGCUGCCCUGAGAGACAGACACAUAGGUGCUGGAACUAGGGGGGCUGGGGGUGCGGCAGCAUCCCCUGGCUUGAAAUGGUUUCCAUCAUAUACAGGGUUGACUGUUCUGUUCAAUGGCUUUCCACCCCUCCCUCCCCCAUACAAAGUGUUCCCACACCCCUGGGAAGAUGUGGGGACUGGGCAGGGACACAGGAUUAAUUCAUUAGUAUUUGGAGGGUUGGCGGGGGGGAAGCUAGAAGCUCUGCAGCAGCUGGGAGUGUCUUGUGCAAAUCUGUGUCAUUAGAUCUCACGGAGGGGGUCUCCCAGCCAGAACCUCUCCUGCAGGGGCCAAAGUCACCUUCUCCCGUCACUCUGGGACAGCUGGCCACACUGCGAAAUUGUCAUACACACACACACAUGGGAUGGGCAGGGGUGCAGAGAGACCAAAACCAUUAUAUAAUCUUUUAGAAAAAAAAUCAUCAUUUUGGGUCAGUCUCUUUUUUUUUUUUUUUUAAACUCCUGAGGUUGGCAGGGAAAGGGCGGGUUUAACCAGAGGGACUAGGAGAAGCGAGAGGAAAAUGUGAAUUAAAAUAAAACAAGAAGAAAGGGCGAGCCUGGGAGAGAUGGUGGCAAAUUAGAAAUGAAAAGCGUGAAAGGAAAAUAUGCCUGGCAGGGGAACCAGCCAGGGAGCAGAAAGAGGGGAGGAGAUAAAAUCAGGAAAGAAUGGAGAAGCCAAUGAUCUGUGUCAGGGAGGAGAGAGGCCAGUCGGAGAGACCCAGGAAAAUAAACAGGGAUGGGAAGUGAGGGCUAGGAAAACACCGAGAAGAAAAGAGAACAUGAGAGAGACAGAGAUUUAUGAAAUGUUCCUGGAAGUGAGACUGUCACGCAGUAAUUCCCUCUGUUAGUUCUUGCAAGUCUGUGCUACUGUGGUGCCAUUAAGAGGACUGUUCUCAGUGGCUGGGGAUCUCCUUUCCCCUAUGCCUUCUACUCUCCAGCUUUCCAGUUACGUACUGUCAAUAAAACAUUACAAACAA